AUGUCGUCCUUUUCCAACACGAACACUGGCUCCAAGCCCGCCGACCCUUACACGGCCACCAACAAGGAUGAGCCCAGCCUCCAGGAGAAGUUUACUGCCCUUGACAAGUUCAUCGAUGCUCGCAAGUUUGGCAUGAUGACCACCCAUGAGCCUAGCAGCGGAAAGCUAGUCUCCCGGUGUAUGGCUGUCGCUGCCAAGGAGGCUAAUGGCACCGACCUCCUCUUCUUCACCAACACCGAGUCCAACAAGACGGACGAACUCAAGAGUGACCCUCAAGUCAACAUCAGCUUCAUCGACGGCUCGGGACAAUGGGCUUCGGUCUCUGGAAAGACUUCCAUUGAAACGGACCGCAGCGUAGUGAAGAAGCAUUACAGCUCAAGCUUGAAGGCGUGGCUAGGCGACCUCGGAGACGGAAAGCACGACGGCUCUGAAAACGACCCUCGCAUUGGAGUUAUUCGGGUCAAGAUUGAUACUGCUACAUACUCUCUCUCGGACAAGACGAUCGUUGGUUUUGCUAUCGAGGUGGCCAAGGGCGCCGUGACUGGAGACACGGCAUCCGUCAACAAGUUGCGGGAGAUUACUUCUUCGGAAGUCCAGCAAUGGCGCACAAAGGCAUAA